AUGAUACGAGUCUAUUUGUAUCUCAUUGGAGCGUUCUUUUCGGUCAGUUCCGCCGAUGGUUAUUUUGACGAAACGGAUGUGGGUAGUUCUUGCGAAAACGACGACGGUACACUGGGCGUUUGUCUGACUGCGAACAGUUGCUCUUAUGCUAUGAACAAAGUGAAAAGCGUCGGCCGGCACGAUCUGAAGAGAUGCGCCUUCCUGGAUUUCGACGAAGUCGUUUGUUGUCCGAACGCCAUCGAGAAGAGUCCCGACCGAUCGAACCCCAUACCGUUUCCUUUGGAGGGAAUCCAAGUUACCCACAACCCUCCAGUUUCCAAGAAAAAACACAAAAAACCAUACGAAACACUGUGCGAAAACCUCAUAAACCGAUCCAAAUCGCUCAUAACGCCGUUAGUUAUAGGGGGCGCCAACGCCAAAUCGGACGAAUUUCCGCACAUGGCGGCCCUAGGUUUCGACGACCCGGGCUCGAUGGAAUUGAGCUGGCGGUGCGGGGCUUCCCUGAUAUCCGAUAGCUUCCUGCUGACGGCUGCUCAUUGCGUGGGCCCCUUCGCGCCUUCGAAGGCCCGAAUCGGCGUCACUCGCUUGAACGACACCGAGCACGUGGACGUCAAGAUCAGCAAGAUCGUGCGGCACCCGUCGUGGGACGCCGCCAACCAUUUCAACGAUAUCGCUCUGUUAGAGCUCGCCAGGAAGUUGGAUUUCAACAGCAAAAUCACGCCGGCUUGUCUCUACACGGAACAGGACGAUCCCGCCGGUUUGAUCGUUACCGGCUGGGGGAGAACGUCUGAAUCAACGGAGACUGUGUCGUGGCUGCAAUGGGCGAAUUUGAGCUCGGUGCCGAUUGAAAAUUGCACCGCUCGGUACAUUGAGGCUUCGUUCGGGACGCAGAAUGUGACGUCGAAGCAAAUUUGCGCCACAGCCGCCUCUAAUGACUCCCGAGCGGACGCCUGCCAGGGUGAUUCGGGGGGUCCAUUGCAAAUAAAGCACAAAUAUGGGGUCUACAAAAUUGUAGGUGUAGUUUCGUACGGGGCUCAUUGCGGAAGCGGUUCGAUUCCGGGUGCGUACACUCGAGUUUCGGCGUAUUUGGAUUGGAUCGAGAGCAUUGUAUGGCCGAAAAAAUAG